GGAUUGUUUUCCAAUCUCUCACCCAUAAUUCUUUUCUUUUGACCUUUUUACACGCUUUCUCUCUCUACAGCCUACACUUUUCUAGGAUUUCGUUUUAGUAACUACUAUUUCUAUUUCUAUUUCUUUCAUCUUCCUUCCUUCUUCUUUUAUACUUUAUUCUCCACAUUUCCCCCUAACCUUUCUGCUUUCCCUCUCUCCUGCUAAGCUGAAUUUCAUGGCCAACGAUUCGUUUAACUCGCCGCCGAUGAUCGCGUCGCCGGCCGUUGUUGAUGAUAGCUUUGAGGAUGCCUGUAGUAUCUGCCUUGAGCCAUUUAACUCCGAUGAUCCUCCUGCUGUAACAGAUUGUAAGCAUGAGUAUCAUUUGCAGUGUAUUCUUGAAUGGUCUCAGAGAAGCAAGGAGUGCCCAAUUUGUUGGAGGGUUCUUGCGCUGAAGGACCCUGCAAGCCAAGAGCUACUAGCUGCAGUGGAGAUUGAAAGGAACAUGAGGUCAAGGAUUAAUGUGCGUCAUACCAACGAAGACGUUGAAACCAACCAUUGUUUCCAGGAUGCCCCUCAGCAGAAUGAUUCUGAUUUUGAGGAGCGAAUCAUGCGACAUUUUGCUGCUGCGACAAGUAGAGUCCGUCUUGUCAACAGAAGGAGAAGACAGGCUUCAUCAGGAAUUGGUCCUACACAGGUCGUCCCUUCUGUGCCAGUAGGAGUUAGGUCAAACCAGACACAGAAUAGUGAAUCCACCGUACAGCCCCGAGGCUUUGGGUUUACUGGAGAUGGAUCUGCUGCUUCUGCAACUUCAUCUAGUAUUGGGCCUGCAUCAUCAUCAGUUCCUCCCCAUGGAAAUGGUCCUUUUAAGCUUAGCCAACCGCCAACUUAUGGCCCCCAGGGAUCAAGCUCAUCUGAGUUUCUUGCAUUUUCUGAAUCUAUAAAAUCGAAAUGGUCUGCUGCUUCAGCGAGGUAUAAGGAAUCAAUCUCAAAAGGUACUCGUGGUUUUAAGGAAAAGUUAUUAUCACGCAACACCUCUGUCAAGGAUUUUGGCAAAGAAGUUCAGCGUGAGAUGAGUGCUGGAAUAGCUGGCGUUACAAGAAUGAUUGAACGACUUGAUCUUACUUCAAAACGUACAGGAGCUUCUGAACCAUUAUCUGCAUGUACCAUGGGUACCUCAAACUUUCCUAGUAGAGGAGUGUGUGAGCAAGGAAAUGUGACAUUUCAAUUGCAUGAUGGUUGCAUAAAGAAUUCUACAAUUGAAGUAACUCCUACCGCUCCCUCAUUGAUCUCCAAUACCAACACUGGCCAAAUGGAAAUUUCUCUUAGACAGAACGCAAACUGAUGCUGCAACCCUGUUGAAGUCAAGAAUAAAUGGUGCCUGAUUAUGGUCCUCUUUGUCUCUGCUAUCUACUUAUUAGCAUAAUCCAAAAUCUGCAAGUGACGUACGUUCUAAAGGUCAGUUAUCACAGUAGGUGAUUGACUUGCGUCCUGCAGUUACUGUGUGAAACCUGGAGAUUGAUAUGCUGCUGAAGAAAUUACAGUUUGUGCUUAAGGUCUCAUGAUCUGUUCUCUUUACUAAACCUGUAGGACAGGAAGACUGAUAAGCUUGUGUAAUUUAUAACCAUGUCCAUUACCUUAAUGGAUAUUCAAGAGUGGAUGUCUUAUGGACUAUCCUUCAUUCUUCUUUACGGUGG